AUGUAUGCCUUGAACCUCAACUACCCUCCUGAACUUAAGUACUCGUUCGAAGUGCUCCAGAAGACUUUUUUUUUCAGUGUGGGCAUGAUCUCCCUGAUGAUGAAUCUUUCCUGGAAGCUCACAUUCCUGGUAUUGAUGGAGGUGCCCAUCACCAGCCUCAUUCAGAACAUCUAUGACACACACUACCAGCGGCUGUCCCUGGCAGUGCACGACUCCAUUGCUCUGGCAAAUGAAGUCGUGAACGAGGUGGUGUCCAGUAUUCAUGUGGUACGUAGCUUCAACACAGAGAAACACGAAGCCCGUCGUUAUGACGACCGCUUGAUGGACACACACAUCCUGAAGACGCGCCAGAACGCUGUCAGCGCUGUUUACCUUCUCGCACGCAGGUUGACAGGCUUAGGCAUGCAGGUGGUCAUGAUGUACUACGGCAGGCUGUUCAUCCGGAGUGGACAGAUGACCACUGGAAACCUGGUUUCCUUCAUCCUCUACCAGUCAGAUCUUGGAGACAACAUCAGGACACUGACCUACAUCUUUGGCGACAUGCUGAACUCGGUGGGGGCUGCUGGGAAAGUGUUUGAGUACCUGGACCGUAAAGCUCAGGUCAGCAUGGAGGGGAAACUCAAACCGGAUCAGCUGACAGGGAACGUCGUCUUCCGCAAUCUCAGCUUCGCCUAUCCUACUUACCCCGACAAAACAGUACUGCAGGACUUUUCAUUGGAGCUGAAGUCAGGUCAGAUGACAGCGCUGGUGGGAACAUCUGGAAAAGGGAAAAGCACAUGUGUGAGUCUGCUGCAGCGCUUCUAUGAGCAGCAGGACGGAGAAAUCCUAUUGGACAACGAACCACUGAAAUCCUAUGACCACCGUUUCCUCCACAAGAAGAUUGCUUUGGUGAGCCAGGAGCCUGUCCUCUUCUCUGGCUCCAUCAGAGACAACAUCGCCUACGGGCUCGCUGAAUGCUCAUUGGAUGAGAUCCAGGAAGCAGCACGCAAAGCCAACGCACACGACUUCAUCAUGAAGCUGGAGAAGGGCUACGAUGCAGAGGUGGGUGAGGGUGGGGGCCAACUAUCUAAGAGCCAGAGGCAGCAGAUCGCCAUCGCUCGAGCUCUGGUCAGGCAGCCACAGGUCCUCAUUCUGGAUGAAAUAACCAGCUCUCUGGACAUGACCAGUGAAAACAAGAUUCACCAGGCUUUGGCCAGUUGUCCUAACCAGACCCUGCUGGUGAUCGCCCACAAGCUGAGGACCAUCCAGAGGGCCGAUCAGAUUGUUGUGAUCGAUGGCGGCAGAGUUCAGGAGCGAGGGACUCACCAGGAACUGAUGGAGUUGAAGGGGAGCUACUACCGACUGAGGGAGGAGCUCUUUGAAGAGGAAAAUCCAGCACAGUGACCCACCGCUGUCACCCUGGACCCGUCUGUGAGACGGUGGUUCUGUGGGACCACGUUGGACACAGACGUACUGAACAUGUACAAACAUACCUUUAUAAAUUCAUUAUGUAAAUGUUGUGUGAAUAUUAAAAAUAAAAGAAUGAUUUUCAGUUAAAAGACGUGGAACCUCCUCAACUCUAUUACUAUGCUUCUGUUCUUAUCUAGUUUGUUGAAAUGACAUUGGAUGUUAUGAAUUAGUCAAACUAGAUUAAUAAAUGAUUACAGAUAUGGACCUGGACUGUAAAGCUCAGUAUAAUUCAUUGACCAGAACUGCCUCCUUCAAGCAUGAUUCUGUAACCCUUUUCAUGCCGAUCUACCAAAAGCAGUAAAGCUACAGAAUGCUGCUGGCAGGGUUUCAACACAAAAUAAAAUCAGAUAACACAACUCA